AUGCUCAGGUUUUUUGGAAUAGGUUACUGCUCUCCCACUUUGGCCACUGCAAUGUCUGAUUUAAUCCCUGCUUUUACCUUCAUACUUGCCAUCGUCUUCAGGAUGGAAAAAUUGGAUUGGAAAACUAAAAGUACUCGGGCCAAGUCCAUUGGCACAUUGGUAUCAAUCGUUGGAGCCUUAAUAAUUACUUUGUACAAAGGCCAAGCAGUCAUAAAGAAUCAUCCAUCAAAUAAAUUGUUCCCCAAAAAACAUGUUUCAUCUGAGCAAUUUGACUGGGUAUUAGGGGCAAUGUUGCUUGCGGGUCAUAGCUUUGUUCUCUCAUUGUUGUUCAUAGUUCAGACAUGGAUAAUCAGAAAUUACCCAACAGAGCUUGUGAUAGUGCUCACUCGCGGUACAUUAGUUGCUAUGCUAUCUAUCCCACCUUCACUGAUUUCGGUAACGGAUCUAAAAGAUUUGAGAUUAGGAUUUGAUGUGAAUUUGAUAGCUAUUGCAUUCCAAGCAAUUUUCGGUGUAUCCCUUUGA